GGGAGAUCUCGUUCUGUGGUUCUCCUUUCUUUGCGUGGUUUUUGAGCUUUUCGGGAUUCUGAGGAGUUCAAAGUUUUUCCAGUAUUGAACCAUUGAGGACUGAUCAGAGCUUACAUUUCUAAAACCAUGAUCUGUUUUCAGGAAUUGGUGACUUUUGGGGACGUGGCCAUAGACUUUUCUCAGCAGGAGUGGGAAUACCUGGAUUCUAGACAGAGGGACUUGUAUAGGGAUGUGAUGCUGGAGAAUUACAGGAACCUUGUCUCUCUGGGACAGUCCAUUUCUAAGCCUGAUGUGAUUGAUUUGUUGGAGCAAGGAAAAGAGCCGUGGAUGAUUCUGAGGGAAGAAACACGAAGACCCUACACAGAUUUGGAUUUACAGUAUAAGAUAAUCAGCUAUCUAAAAAUGCCCACAUAUGAAAAAGAUAAAUCUUCUACACAACACCAGAGCAUAUAUACCAGAGAGAAACUCUAUAAAUGUACGAAAUGUCAGAAGAAAUUUAAUAGCAGCCAUCAGCUUAUUCUGCAUCACAGGUUUCAUAUUGAGAGACCCUAUGAAUGCAAAGAAUGUGGGAAGAACUGUCGCAGUGGCUAUCAGCUGACACUACAUAAGAGAUUUCAUGCUGGUGAGAAAUACUAUGAAUGUACAGAGUGUGGGAAGAAUUUUAAAAGUGGCUAUCAACUUACUGUACACCAGAGAUUUCAUACUGGUGAGAAAACAUAUGAAUGUCGAGAAUGUGGCAAGGCCUUUAUUUAUUCUUCACACAUCAUUCAACAUGAGCGAAUUCACACUGGUGCAAAGCCUUAUGAAUGUCAGGGAUGUGGGAAAGCCUUUAGUCAAGUUGGCCAUCUUAGAAAUCACCAGAGAAUUCAUACUUGUGAAAAACCCUAUAAAUGUAAGGAAUGUGGGAAAGCUUUUAGUAGGUGCUCCAAUCUUGUUGCACAUAGGCAAAUUCAUAUUAAUGAGAAACCAUAUGUGUGUGAGAAAUGUGGAAAGGCUUUUAGAAGAGAUCGUCAACUUACUGUACAUCAGAGUAUUCACACUGGCAAAAAACCAUAUGAAUGUAAAGAAUGUGGAAAGGGCUAUAACUCUGCCUCAUACCUUAUUCUACAUCAGAAAAUUCAUAAAUGUGGAAAACCAUAUGAAUGCAAGAAGUGUAAAAAAACUUUUAUUUUAUAUAAGAAUCUUGUUCGACAUCAGAAUCUUCAUACUGGUGAUAAACUUGAAUGUAGGCAAUGUGGAAAGAUCUGUACUACUGGCUCAAAACUUUUUCAACAUCAGAAAACUCAUACUGAUGAGAAACCCUAUGAAUGUAAGGAAUGUGGGAAGGCCUUUAGCUUGUAUGCAUACCUCAGACAACAUCAGAAAAUUCAUCUUGGUUUGAAAUGCUUUGAAUGUGAGAAGUGUAAAAAAACCUUUAGUUCAUAUAGGAAUCUUACUCGUCAUGAGAAUAUACAUACUGGGAUGAAACUUUUUGAAUGUCAGGAGUGUGGAAGGGCCUAUACUACUCGCUCAAACCUUGUUCAACAUCAAAAAACUCAUACUGGCAAGAAACCCUAUGAAUGUAAGGAAUGUGGGAAGGCCUUUAGUUUGCAUGGAUACCUCAGUCAACACCAGAAAAUUCAUCUUGGUAUGAAACGCUUUGAAUGCAAGGACUGUAAUAAAACUUUUACUUUGUAUAGGAAUCUUACUCGUCAUCAGAAUAUUCAUACUGGUAAGAAACUUUUUAUAUGUCAGGAAUGUGGAAGGGCCUAUACUACUCGCUCAAACCUUAUUCAACAUCAGAAAACUCAUACUGGUGAGAAACCAUAUGAGUGUAAGGAAUGUGGGAAGGCCUUUAGCUUGCAUGGAUAUCUUAAUCAACACCAGAAAAUCCAUACUGGUGUGAAACCCUAUGAAUGUAAGAUAUGUAGAAAAACCUUUACUUUCUGUAGAAAUCUAACUCUACAUCAGAGUAUUCAUACUGAUGAGAAACCUUUUCAAUGUAAAGAAUGUGGGAAGACCUUUAGACGUAGUUCACACCUCAUGGCACAUCAGAAUAUUCAUGCUGAUAAGAAACCCUAUGAAUGUAAAGAAUGUGGGAAGGCCUUUAAAAUGUGUGGAUACCUUACACAACAUCAGAAAAUUCAUGCUGGUAGGAAACCUCAUGAAUGUAAGGAAUGUGGGAAGGCCUUUAUUCGAUCUUCAAACCUUGUUCAACACGAAAGAAUUCAUACUGGUGAGAAACCCUAUGUUUGUGAGCAGUGUGGGAAGACCUUCAGAUAUGGAUCAGCCCUUAAAGCACAUCAAGGAAUUCAUACAGGUGAGAAACCUUACGAGUGUAAAGAAUGUGGGAAGGCCUUUGGUCGUCCUACACACCUUAGACUACAUCAGAUGAUGCACACCGGUGAGAAACCUUAUAAAUGUAAGGAAUGUGGAAAAGCCUUUAGUCGUCCUUCAGACCUUAGAGUACAUCAGAGAAUUCACACUGGCGAGAAACCCUAUCGAUGUGAAAAGUGUGGAAAGGCCUUUAGUCGUGCCUCACACCUGACUCAACAUGAAAAAGUUCAUACUGGAGAGAAAUCCUAUAUAUGUCAUGAAUGUGGGAAGGCUUUCAGUGAAGUUGGAAGACUGAGAAUACACCAAAGAAUUCACACUGGUGAGAAACCCUAUGAAUGUAGGGAAUGUGGAAAGGCAUUCAGUCAAGCCUCAAACCUAGUACAACAUGCAAGAGUUCAUACUGGUGAAAAACCUUUUGAAUGUAAAGAAUGUGGGAAGGCCUUUAGUCAUCCUUCACAUCUCAUUCGACAUGACAGAACUCAUACUGGUGAAAAACCCUAUGAAUGUGAAGAGUGUGGGAGAGCUUUUAGCAGUAGUCACCAACGUACUAUACACCAUAGACUUCAUACUGGUGAGAAACCCUAUGAAUGUAAGGAAUGUGGGAAGGCCUUUUGUGUCUAUGGACGUCUUACUCAACAUCAGAGUAUCCAUAGUGGUGAGAAACCCUUCCAGUGUAACAAAUGCAAGAAAACCUUUAGACUCAGUUCAGGCCUUAAAGUACAUGAAAGUGUUCAUACUGGUGAGAAACCCUUUGCAUGUAACAAAUGUGGGAAGUCCUUUAGAAAACAUUCAGCUGUUACUCUACAUCAAAGAAUACAUAAUAAUGAGAAAUCCUUUGAAUGUGACAGAUGUGGGAAGACCUUUACUCGUCACACAGAUCUUACAGUACAUCAGAGAAUUCAUACUGGUGAGAAACCCUAUGAAUGUAAGCAAUGUGGGAAAGCUUUCAAUCGUGCUUCCAACCUGCUACAACAUCAGAAAAUUCAUACUGGUGAAAAACCAUAUAAAUGUGAAGAAUGUGGGAUGACCUUUAGUCGUAAUAUAGACCUCAGAGUUCAUCAGAGAAUUCAUACUGGUGAGAAACCAUAUCAAUGCAAAGAGUGUGGAAAGCCCUUUAGUCGUGCUUCAUACCUAACUCAACAUAGAAAAGUUCACAGCGGUGAGAAAUCCUAUGUAUGCCAAGAAUGUGGGAAGGCCUUUAGUAAAAGUGGAAAACUUAAAAUACAUCAAAGAAUUCAUACUGGUGAGAAACCCUAUGAGUGUAAAGCAUGUGGAAAAACCUUUAGUCAAGCUUCUCAUCUUGUGCAGCAUGACAGGAUUCAUACUGGUGAAAAGCCCUAUGAAUGUCGUGAAUGUGGAAUGACCUUUAGUCGUGGAAUAGAUCUUAGAGUACAUCAUAGAAUUCAUACUGGUGAGAAACCUUGUAAAUGUAAAGAAUGUGGGAAGGCCUUUAGCUGUACCUCAAAUCUAGUUCAACAUGAGAGGAUUCAUACUGGCAAGAAGCCUUAUGAGUGUGAAGAGUGUGGAAUGACUUUUAGUCGUAUUCAUCAACUCAUUCCUCAUCAAAGAAUGCACACUGGUGUAAAACCUUUUGAAUGUAAUGAAUGUGGAAAGGCCUUUAGUCAUGCCUCAGCACUUAUUCAACAUGAGAGAAUGCAUACUGGUGAAAAGCCCUAUAAAUGUAAAGAAUGUGGAAAAGCCUUUAUUCAUGGUGGCAGCCUUAAGAUACAUCAAAAAAUUCAUACUGGUGAAAAACCCUAUGAAUGUAAAGAAUGUGGGAAGGCCUUUGGUCGUACUUCAGACCUUGUUAGGCAUGAAAGAAUUCAUACUGGUGAAAAACCCUAUAAAUGUCAGGAAUGUUGGAGGGCUUUCGGUCAUAUUGAAAGCCUUAGAAUGCAUCACCGACUUCAUACUGGUGAGAAACCCUAUGCAUGUAAGGAGUGUGGAAAGGCUUUUAAGAGUAGCCAUCAACUUACUGUACAUCAGAGAAUUCAUACUGGUGAGAAACCUUAUGAAUGUAAGGAAUGUGGGAAGGCCUUUAGUGUAUAUACACGACUUACUCGACAUCAGAGUAUUCACAGUGGUGAGAAGCCUUUUCAGUGUAACAAAUGUGGGAAAUUCUUUAGACUUAAUUCAAGUCUUAAAAUACAUCAAAGAAUUCAUACUAGAGAAAAACCUUACCAGUGA